AAAGGUUUUAGUUACCCGGUCAUAAAAUCCCUUAAAAAAACCAAAUUGACAAGUACAUAAAACAGCUGUGUUUUAUCAACAAUGAUCAGUAAUUAAGGCUAAAUAUACACAUAUUUAACCUUAAUAAUCUACAAAGAAACAUAAAAUAGCGGGCAAUUUUCUCCCCAUAAAUUUAUUUCUCAUUAAUAAGUUAAUAUUUAGGUUAUGUUACCAAUUGCAUGACUCAAGGUGGUUUUGUAUAAAAUGACACGAAGUUUUUGAUAUUGCGCCUUCAGUGCUCGGCCUUAUACGGAGUAAGGAUAUUGUUUGCUGCGAAAACUCAUUGUCAUUGUGCAAAAACAUAUCGUCAUGAGUGAACGCGAGAACCCAACUAGUUCCGGUUCUAAAGACCAGAAUGAAGCGAACAGGACCUCAUCCCAACCAGUACCUAUGGCCUCUAGUAACAGCAGCUACUUUUCUGGAGAACCAAUCCACUUCAGGGUCAGAGGUUCCACAAUCACAGGAGCAUCACCACCCCAGUUUGUGACAUUGGAGGAUAUUAUGAAGGCUGCUCAUGGAAUGCAAAACAUGGCUUUAGCCCACGAGAUUGCUGUUGAUAACGAUUUUAAGUUGGAACCAUUUGAUCCUCCAGACAACAGUUACCAAAAAUUGGUGAAAGAAACAAUGCACAGAGCGUACUUUGACAUUUUGAGAGAACAGCUAAAUUCCAAUCCUCCUGAAUACAAACAAGCCUUAAUAUUACUUGAAGACGUCAAACAGGGUCUCUUCUCAAUAUUAUUACCAAGACAUACUCGCAUCCGUGAGAUGAUUGAGGAGGUCAUAGAUGCAGACUUCAUAAAACAACAAGCGGAGACCAACAGUCUGGACUUUAAGAAAUAUGCCAACUUCGUUGUAGACCUCAUGGCCAAAUUAGCUGCCCCAGCAAGAGACGAAAUGAUACAAAACAUUACUACACUCACCGAUACUGUAGAGAUCUUUCGAGCUAUCCUAGAAGCACUUGAAGUACUGAAGCUAGAUCUGGCCAAUACAUUGAUCACUAUGAUCCGACCUCACGUUCAGAAAGAAAGUGUCCAGUACGAACGAGCUAAGUUUGAUGAAAUGCUUAAAGUUUCAGAGGACGGCCUUCAAAAUACUAGGGAGUGGUUAAAACGACACAUCGACAAAACUGAUCUCAGUAUACCGGUCACUGAUCAGAACAUAAUCCGGAACGUCACCGCCCAAACCUUAGCCAAGGCAUACCUAGAGCUGUUGGAGUGGGAUUCGAGUAAAGGGUACCCGGAGACGGCGGCCAUAGACGCGCCCCGGUUCUCUGAGCUGGGGGUGCAAGUGUACCGGAUGUCGUGCGCGGCCGCGCUCCUACUGGCCAGCCCCGCGUGCUCCAGCGACGCCGACACCGCCGCGCGACACAAAGAAGCCCUCAAACAGAAGCUCUUCAUCAUCAUCGACGAGGCCUCCAAUGAUACAGAACUAAGAUCGGUGCUGCCAUCUGUCGCCGAGGAGGUUGUAUUAGCAACGGAACAACUGCUAGAAAAGUUGAACCAGCCCCCGCUGAACGCAGAGACGAAGGAACUCAUACGAACUCAAAUAAUCUCCCUGGGUGAUCCCGAGCAUAGAGUUAGAGAGAUUGUCCGUCAACGGGUUCUGGAGUUUCUGAAGGUCAUACUGGUGUGCGGCGGAGGAUCCCGUCAGAUACCCGUCGGCCUGUCGGUGUUGUCGCGGGAACUCACCGACGUCUCCGGGACCCUGCUGCGGUACGUCAUGCACAACAAAGCGGUCUUCACGCAGCACUACCUCGACAUCGUCGCCGAGGAGUUGAGUAGGAACUGAAACCAGUUGCCUUCCAACCGAAGCACGUAACAGUUCUCCUGUACUCAUAAGCAUGUAACGUAAAGAGUGUUCACGAGUGAUCACGGUGUGUGAGAGAGUGAGAGUAUUCUUUAUUGUACACCAACAAAACAAUUCGAAACAUUAAAAGAUAAAAAAAGUAUAAUUGGCGGCCGUAUCGCUAAGAGUGAUCUCUUCCAGACAACCAUCCGGUGAAAUCAUUUGUAAACGAAUUACACACGGUGUAUGAGUCGAUUGAAAUAUAUAUAAUACUAGAUGAGUCCCGCGAUACUACCCGCGGUUAUUAUCGUACCGCAGGUGACGCCGCGGACCAAAGCUUGUCUAAAAAUAGUAGCCUAAGCUACUCCUUAUAUCAUCAGCUACCUAUCAACGAAAGUCUCGUCAAAAUCGUUCCAGUCGUUCCUGAAAUUAGCCGGAACAAACAGACAGACGGACAAAAAUUGUAAAAGAUGUUAUUUUGGUGUACCGUAUAUAUAUUCAUAUGCAUUUAGUAAAAAGCGAUUAUUUCAAUAUUACAAACAGCACUCCAAUUUUAUUUAUAUGUAUAGAUGUAUAGUUACACAUACAUAUACACACAAAUACACAUAUACAUACAUAAACAUAAACAAAUUCACAAAAGUGUGAUUACAUUGCUGAUAUCAAGUGUGGUGGUUGCAUUUAAACUGCUUUUCUUCUCGAAGUCCAAUAGGGAAUACUAUACGACAUUAGCAUUUAUUUGCGAAUUUAACCUAAAAAUUUUACAAUCAAACCGCAAAGCUAGUUGUACAUAAUUCAGGUCAAUGAACUCCGCCAUAGCGUCGACUUUCCUAGCGGUUCUUGCUUUAUCUAGAGCUCAAUAAACUACUUACAUGAGUCAUCCAAACAAGUAAUUUGAAAUAGCAAAAAUACUAGGUGAUACAAUAAUACCUAUUAUAAGAACUGUAUAACUCUUAUCGCAUGAUAAAAACAGGAGCAACACUAUAUAUAACACUAUAACACUAAGAUAUCUCAUACGAAAAUAAUGUUUUAGCUUAAUACUCAUUGUGCAAACGCGCGAUGUGCGACUUAAGUAAAACGACGACUAUUUAUACUAAUAAAUCGACACUCCAAUAUUUGAAUUCAUCAUUUUAAUUUAUGUAUAAUAUCCUCGCUUUCAUGUUUCAUUAUGGUCUAGGUCACUCUUAUGGAUUUAAUCUAUGUUAAUAUUUAGGAAAUACUGAUGCUGUUUUCAACGCUACAUAGAAAUUAUCAAUUUUAUUAUUUAUUACUAACUAAUGUUGAAAAAUAUUUUGUAGAAUUAAAAUUAGGUAGCCUAAAACUUCUAAUCUCUAAAAAUAAUUUAUAUAUUUUGCUAUCAUUCUUAGUUUCACGAAACUAAUCAAAACUUUUUCAAAUGAAGACUACUAUAUUCUAAUUUUGACUAAACUAAUAUUUACAAUUUUACAUUACUUCAUUACAAUGCUGUUUAUUGGACCUUUGAAUUAUCAUUAAAUAUGUUUUAUAUUAGUGACUUUUACAUUUUACUUUUGAAUCAGAAAUUCUCAGCAAUAAACGUGUUUAAAUAUAUAGUAAUAUUCAUAUAAAUAGUAAAUAAUGACUGUAAAACUUGCCAAUAAUAAUAUAAAUGAAAACUUUGCAAUGCAUCUUAUUAAUUAUGAAUUUAAAAAAUGUAUGUAUCUCUUAUGAUUAAUUUUCGUCCAUUAUAUUACCUUUAUAGGAAUUUCAAGUUCCAUUGAACUAACUCUAAAAACAACAAAUAUUAAAAAAAAACCUAAAUAAACGGUACCAUAUUAGUGGUGUUUAGAGGUCUUCUCUGAAUGUGCCUAGUCAAUAUUGUGGUGCUCCAUAAAAUUUACAUUAAAAAAAAUUACGAAUGAAAUUGCCCCUCUAAAUAAAUAAUUAUAUGUGGACUCAAUAAGGUUUUACACUACAUGAUAGUGAAAUUACAAUUAUGAUGUAAGUUUAAGAAACUAGAGAUUAAAAUAAUAAUUGUUACAUCUACAAGCUUGCUUAAAAUUUAAUUAGCGCUUUUACUUUUACGCUGACAAAAAUAGAAAAAUAUUUUUGAAUCUCGUAUGGCUUGAUACGUGCAUUAGCGAAAACGUGUUUUACAAAAAAAAAUCAUAUUACAUGACAUUGGAAAUAAGAUAGUAUCUUCUUAAAUUAUAUAGAUAGUAUUUUGCUUCGUAUGCAAUAACAACAAAGCCCGAUAUUUGGUAACUAGCACUGAUGACGUCAUCAUAUUCAUGAGCACUACUACAAUAAUACUUUCGGUAGGCAGCGGUUUGGCUCUGCUCCUGGCAUUGCUGAAGUCCAUGGGCGACGGUAACCACUUACCAUCAGGUGGGCCGUACGCUCGUCUGCCUAGAAAGGUAAAAAAAAAAAAAUUACUUAGCUAGAUAAUUUCAGUACUGUUAAGUAUUUUCUAAAAUUAAACAAGCAAACAUCAUAGAAGUAAAAUUGUCAGAGCCCUUGUGUUAAUUAUAAUCUAAGUGGAUUCGGUGCUAAUUACUAAGACAUAAUUACGAAAUACACUGAAAGAAUAAAACGCAUUUUCAUAAUAAUAUGUUCUGAAAAAAACUUUAGAUUUUGUACAAAAAAAUACUAUAUGUAUUUGAACGUGUAUAUUAUAUUACACAAAUAUAUAAAUAAUGAUUCAUCAAUGUUUUGAUUGUAUUAUUUUAAGAGAUCAAAUUAAAUAAUCAGCACAAGGUCGCUCGCUUUGGCAUCAGAAACGAUAAAGAUAAUAAUAAACUGAUGUAACAUUUUAAAAUAAAUUAUAUAAUAUUUUGACAAAUUAAUAGUUAUGUAAUUAUUAUAGUUUAACUAAUGUAAUCUAUCACAAUUCUAAAAAUGACAAAUGCAUAAUACGAAACUAUCUUCGCAUUUGAGUGUAUAAUAAUGGGAACAAUUUUUUUUUUAACAUGUAAUCCAAUAAAUAUUCCACUAAUAAAGAA